AUGGCCAAUUCCACCAAGCUGGUGACUGAAUUCAUCCUCAUGGGAUUUUCUGAUAUCUGGGAGCAGCAAAUCCUCUAUGCUUUGCUGUUCUUUAUCAUGUACCUGGCAGGUCUGAUUGGCAACCUUCUCAUCAUUACACUUACCAUCUUGGACCACAGCCUCCACAGCCCCAUGUACUUCUUUCUGAGAACCCUAUCAUUGCUAGACCUUUGUUUCAUCUCUGUCACAGUUCCCAAGGCCAUCAUUCAAUCCCUGACCCAAAACAGUUCCAUAUCUUUCAUGGGGUGUGUAGCACAGGCCUUUUUGGUUGUUUUGUUUGCUUGUGCAGAGCUGGCCUUGCUGACAGUGAUGUCCUAUGACCGGUAUGUAGCCAUUUGCUGCCCCCUCUAUUAUCAGGCCAUCAUGAGAAGAGCAUCUUGUGAACAGAUGGUGGCUGCAUCAUGGCUCAGUGGGGUUAUCUCUGGGUUCUUGAACACAGCUGUGACCUUCUCGUUACCAUUUUGUGGGUUGAAUGUUGUCCAUCAGUUCUUCUGUGAGAUUCCCUCAUUACUCAAACUCUCUUGCUCAGAGAAGAACCUUGCUGAGAUUGGAGCUAUAAUUGUCACAGUGUCCUUGGCUUUCAUGUGUUUUAUUUCCAUCAUAAUUUCCUAUAUACAAAUCUUUUCCACGGUACUGAGGAUCCCAUUGGUGGAAGGCAGGUCAAAAGCCUUCUCCACCUGUUUUCCUCACCUCGUGGUUGUCACUGUUUUCCUCAGUACAGGGUCCAUUGCUUCCCUAAAGCCAAUGUCAGAGUCCUCUUCUGUUUGGGAUCUACUAGUGUCUGUCUUCUACAGCAUUGUGCCACCCACCCUGAACCCCAUCAUCUAUAGCCUGAAGAACAGGGACAUGAAGGCCGCCUUCUGGAGACUUCUGAGAAAAUCUGUCUUUAAAUGA